AAACCUUCAUUGGAGGGAGGGAGAGACGCCUGGAAAACGGUCAUUGGAACAUGGUUGAUACAAUUUUGCACAUACGGCUAUAUUUCAGCUUUUGGGGUCUUCCAGGACUAUUACACGAGAACCUUUUUGAGUGAGUACAGCGCGUCCGAUAUAAGCUGGAUUGGAAGUUUUCAACUUUUUAUGCAGUAUGGUCCGGGGCUUCUCGUUGGGAUCGCUUUCGAUGCGGGAUAUUUCCGCUCGAUGAUGACGCUGGGUACGCUACUGCAAGUAGUGUCAAUGCUCAUGCUGUCUCUCUCUCAUCGACAGAAAUACUACCAGGUCUUUCUGACGCAAGCCUUUGGUAUGGGGCUUGGUCAAUCGCUUCUAUUUCUCCCUUCUCUGACAAUAAUCGGUCAACAUUAUCAACGCCGUAGGGCAUUAGCGACUGGUAUUGCCGUUUCUGGAGCAUCUUUCGGCGGCGUUGCUUGGCCAAUCAUCCUUAAUACAUUGAUGGGUCGCCUCGGCUUCGCUAACGCGGUCCGUGUCACCGGAGGCAUGGUUGCAGCUCUUCUAAUUACGGCGAACGCGAUCAUGAAAACGAAAUACUCUGACGAGCGAAAAGAAGUGAACAUCUGCUGGAUGAAAUUGAAAACUAUCUUGCAAGACUCGGCAUAUCUGCUUUCCGUUGCGUCUUGGGUGUUAGAUUUUUAUCUCCAACUGUUUUCCAUUGAUCAGGGGAUUUCUAGUGGCCUUGCAUUUUAUUCGAUAACCCUGUUGAAUGCUGGAAGUGUACUUGGCCGCAUCUUCCCAAAUUUCUUUGCCGAUAGAUGUGGAACGUAUAACAUUCUUCUGCCUUGCCUCUUCAUCUCGUCUGCAUUGGCAUUCAGUAUGUUUGCAAUCACAAAUUUCACAGGGAUGGCCGUUUUUGGGGUCCUCUACGGAUUUUGGUCAGGAUCAUGCAAAUGUUUCUUUAAUCCCUUCUCUGUUAGCCCAGCUAAGUUUACACGCUGGCGAACACGGGUGACGCGAAUGGGAAUCGCUUUCUCUAUUGUUGGGAUAUCUCUGCUUGUAGGGACUCCACUUGAAGGAGGGUUGUUA